UGUAGUGGCUGUCGAAGUACGCUGCAGCAGGCACUGCGCAAAGCGUAGAAGUGCAUGCACAGUCGCUAAGCAAGGGUAUCAAGCCGCAAGUAUUGAAUAACAUUGCAGUUUUUUGGUUUUAAAAAAGGGUGUGGAUUACUUUGUGGAUUAUUUGUGACAUAAUAUAUAGCUCAGCGUUUAGCCGACGUACGCAGUUGAGUUUUUAUGAUAGUGCUUGCAACUAGCUCGCAAGCUAGAAAGUAACCUUACCUUGCUUAGACGAAACUACGUUGCAUGCAGGAUUGUCGGCUAUUCUGUAGUCAUCUCUGAAGCUAACAGGCACCAGUUGCGGUGUAGUUUAAACUCGAUAUCACAGCAGCUUGCUAGAUAUCUGUCAGAUAAUUUGGAGAAAAUGGGCCACGUUUGGCCCAAAAUCAGUGAUCCAAUUAGCAAAGUUUAAUUAGUUGACAGACUUGGCGGACAGCUAGGUAGCUACCUGUCAUUCUGUACGUUUCUUUGGUUUCGUACUGCAUUCUGCCCGAGGCAACUAAUACGACACAAAACAUUACUGCGUGCUUUUGAAACACUGCUUGCUAUGGGGGAUCAUGUGGGAGACCUGAACGCCAACCUGCCUUGUCAUUCAACUGGAGAUCCUCAACUGGAUAAAGCCAUUUAUCAAUGGAUAACAUGGGAUAAGAACCCCAGGACCCGGGCCCAGGUGGAGGCCCUGCUGCGGGACGGGCGCCUGGACGAGCUGCGGCGCAGGCUGUGCUCCAGGAUGAGCUUCGGGACGGCGGGGCUGCGGGCGGCCAUGGGGGCCGGCUUCGCCCUCAUCAACGACCUCACCGUCAUUCAGUCCACGCAGGGCAUGUAUAAGUAUCUGGCAAAGUGCUUCCCCGACUUGGAAAGCAGAGGCCUGGUCGUCGGCUAUGACACUCGUGGACAGGAAGCCAGCAGCUGCAGCAGCGAACGGCUUGGCAAGUUGACUGCUGCAGUUAUGCUUUCUAAAGAUGUCCUGGUCUACCUGUUCUCCUCAUAUGUUCCCACCCCCUUUGUGCCCUAUGCUGUGAAAAAGCUGGGUGCGGCCGCUGGCGUGAUGAUCACUGCGUCUCACAACCCGAAAGAGGACAACGGCUACAAGGUCUACUGGGAGAACGGAGCCCAGAUUUCCUCCCCCCACGACAAGGAGAUCCUGCGGUGCAUCGAGGAGAGCACGGAGCCCUGGGCCGAGGCCUGGAACGAGAACCUGCCGGACGUCAGCCCCCUGAGGAGGGAUCCCCUGGAGGACAUCUGCAGGGGCUACAUGGAGGACCUCAAAUCCGUCUGCUUCCACAGAGAGCUGAACACAAAGACUCCGCUGAAGUUUGUCCACUCCGCCUUCCACGGCGUGGGGCACGAGUACGUCCAGCAGGCCUUCCGGGUGUUCGGCUUCCCCCCUCCCAUACCCGUGCCGGAGCAGAAGGACCCCGACCCGGAAUUUUCCACGGUCAGCUGCCCAAAUCCAGAGGAGGGAGAGUCCGUCCUGGAGCUCUCUCUUCGCCUGGCAGAGAAAGAAGGAGCCAGGAUAGUUCUGGCAACUGAUCCUGAUGCUGAUCGCUUGGCUGUUUCAGAGCAGUGUGACAAUUGUGAGUGGCGGGUAUUCACGGGCAAUGAGCUGGCUGCGCUGCUGGGCUGGUGGAUGCUGUUUAACUGGCGGGAAACACACCCGGACCCGGCCGACACUCAAAGGGUCUGCAUGAUGGCCACGACCGUCUCCUCCAAAAUCCUCCAGGCCUUCGCACAGGUGGAGGGGUUCCAGUACGAGGAAACGUUACCGGGCUUCAAGUGGACUGGAAAUAAGAUCCAUGAGCUGGAAAAGCAAGGGAAGGUGGUGCUCUUUGCCUUUGAAGAGUCCAUAGGGUUCAUGUGCGGCAGCGUGGUCCGCGAUAAAGACGGAGUGAGCGCGGCAGUGGUGGUGGCGGAAAUGGCGGCCUACCUCCACUCCAAAAACCUCACCCUGAGCCGGCAGCUGGCUAACAUUUUUGAAAUUUACGGUACGCACAUCUCAAAAACAUCCUACGUCGUCUGCCGCGACCCUCCGACUAUCAAGAGGAUAUUCACCCGUCUCCGAAAUUGGGAGGGCGAGGCGGCGUACCCCAAGUCCUGCAGAGGGUACAGCAUUUCACACAUCAGGGAUGUGACCACAGGAUACGACAGCAGCCAGCCCAACCAGAAAUGUGUGCUUCCUGUGACAAAGAACAGCCAAAUGGUCACCUUCUCUUUCCAGAACGGGAUCGUGGCUACACUGAGGACGAGCGGCACGGAGCCCAAGAUCAAAUUCUACACAGAGUUCUGUGCUCCCCCUGGGAAGAGGGACAUCUCCAGCAUGGAGGAGGAGCUAUGUAAGGUUACAGAAGCACUGGUUGAAGAGUUCCUUGAACCGGACAAGAACAACCUCACUCGAAGAUCUGUGUAAGGGGGGUGGGGGGGGGGCUUCUCUGGUAUUAUUAAGUUUAACAGCCAGGUACCAUUUCCACCCAUUUCCCUGCCACUAGCGUUUAAACGAGACGUCCACUGUGCUUUGAGCUACUGUGGAAUGCAGUGUGAGUCAUUCUGAUUUCUGGUGUUGCAGUGAUUGCAAAACGGGGGUAAGCUUUGCUGCAGAGCUAGCGUGCGUGCUAGCUUCUGCGUUUAGGGAUGAUUUAAUUUUUUUUGCAUACCUCACUGGAUCCAGUUUCAUUAAUCAGACUGGGGGGGAUGCCAGUACUUGAUGGACAGUGCAUUUCUUGAAAUGCAAAAAGUCAGGGUCGAAGUUCAUUUUUGUUUUCACAGAAAGUAUUAUUUCAGGAAAGAAUAUACUAUAAUACUAAUAUACUAUAAUUGUUUAGGAGACUUGUGCAAUGUGGUAUAUCUGUACAGGGUGAACCUCUUCUGUGAUUGUUUUAUCGCAACUGCAUAUGUUUACCUCUCCAGCAUGGUCACUUGUAAUAAAAAAAAUAGUGUCAUGGCUAUAUUUGUCCAAAUCGUGUGAAAAUGUUGCUUUUACACUGUGUGGCCAGACCUCUGUUUUCAUCUGUCUCAGGGUGUCUUAUAGCAGUUAUAAUAAUUAUAUCAUUACUAUUAUUACAACACACUAAUAUUAGUAUUACAGAUGAGUCCAUCCUAGAUCAAUGGCAACCUGACAUCAAAACCCUGAGAAAAUAACUGCUCACUUACAAUGGAAAGCUACUGCUUAGACUACAAAUGAAUGCAGUUGGAUGCAUGUUGUACUCACAUGUGCUGAUAAGACAUGCAAUGCAUGCACAUGCUUAUACUUUGCGUUAGCACAAAUCGAAACUUCACUGUCAACCAAUUAGGCCCCAAAGGCUGUAGACGGGCGUGUCAAUUUGUAAGCAACCAAAGAGAACUCGGCUGAAUAAUUCAAAUGAACCAGUUAAGCUGUGUUGUGAAAGUAAGACCACAGUGUACAGUAAACCCCACCAAGACCAGGAAUGUGAGUGACUGUUUCAUCAUUAAUGCUUAUAGUCUGAAGUGGCAAUCAUUGCAAAAAGUGUUACAAAAAUGCAUUUUUUUUGUCAGCUAAAACCAAAAAACCAUUUUACUUUCUUUCUUGUUGAAACGGCGAACAAUGUUCAUUUACAAUAACUUUUUUUUGUUGUUGCUUGAUUUGGUUGCUACAUUUUUCACCCAAAAGCACAAAUUGGACAAAAUGAUUGUCGAAGAAUAGGCGGGUAAAAUAAGCAAGGGGACACAACUUGAGUUUCCUUUUGCCAAAUAGCUUUUGUGUAAUUCUUAUGUACAUAAACCAUCAUUUUACUUUUCAUUCGUAAACCUUUCAGAUGAAGUGCCGCUUUGUGGAGGGAAAUGUAAGAUUAUGUAUGAUCGGGAAAUGCUACUGUAGUCUGUUUGCUGAAGACUGACUGGUCCAGGGUUUAUCCUCUAGAUUGAAAUGUGCUUAUGAUCUGUUCCAGAGUUCCAGAGUUCACAAGAGAUUAUUACAGAGUGAUGUAUUCUAGUUUAAUGUACCUCUUCUUUGUAAGUGGGAUUAGUUGUUCACUUUGUUUAGCUGUUCUUAGUUUAUUUAUUCCGUCUGAGUUUUUUCGUAAUUUUUGUUUUUGUUCUUGUUUUGUUUAUAGAUGUAUCAUAGAUAUUUUAUUGCUUUAAUGCUUCUGUAAAGUGUCAUUAUUGUUGUGUUGCUGUUUCAUAGUACAGUAAAUAAACAUGUCUAUUUAUUAUGCAAAUGUA